AUGAACGUGAUCGUGGAUUCGGCUGAACUCCUUGGGAAACUUGUAUAUUAUCUGUUAGAAGCUUCAUUUUAUUCUGUAAUUCCCAAAAAGAAAAAGGAUGUUACUGGAGAGAUUGUACUUAUAACAGGAGCUGGAAGUGGACUGGGACGACUAAUGGCCAUUUUGUUUGCCAAACUAGGCGCCAUUUUAGUUUUAUGGGAUAUUGAUCAAGAAGGCAAUAUGGAAACACGUAGGUUGAUUGAAGCCAAGGGGCCUUCUAAAGUAUUUGCCUAUACAUGUGACUGCAGCAACAGGCAAGAGGUCUACCGAAUUGCUGACCAGGUUAAAAAAGAAGUUGGAGAUGUGACUAUCCUCAUAAACAACGCUGGAGUGGUGACAGGAAAAUUGUUUCUUGAUAUUCCAGAUCACAUGGUGGAGAAAAAUUUUUCUGUCAAUGCCAUAUCUCAUUUCUGGACUUAUAAAGCCUUCCUGCCUGCCAUGAUGAAAGCUAACCAUGGGCACUUGGUCUGUAUUUCAAGUGUAGCAGGAACUGUUGGUACCAGUACGUUAUCAGAUUACUCUGCAAGCAAAUUUGCAGCUUUCGGCUUUGCUGAGUCUAUUUUCCUUGAAUUAGCAUUGCUGCUGAAAAAGAAUAUUAAAACCACCAUUGUUUGUCCAUUUUUCAUUGAAAGCGACAUGUUUAAUGGCUGUGUAUCCAAGUACCCAAUGGUUCUCCCUCUACUAAAACAAGACUAUGUGGCUGAAAGAAUUGUAAAUGGUAUUUUAGAGGAACAAGUUUACUUAAUAAUACCCAAAUUUAUGAGCUUUGCAUUAUUCCUUAAACAGGCACUACCUACCAAAAUGACGAUUGCCUUGAGUAAAUUCUUUGGAAUGGACAUCUGUAUGGCCUCCUUCAAAGGAAGAGAGAAUACAAAUCAAGUUCAGAUGAAAACUGAGAAAAUAACUCCAGCCAAUUCCACUUCCAUUCAAAGCUAA